UGAAUUUUUUAAAAAAAUCCCAUGUUGGUAAGCAGUAGUAGAAUAUUCUAAGGUGUGAUAGUGGAUUGAAUUUAUGCAUCUAAUUUUACUCCCUCCUGAAAUCUCACUAAAAUUAAAGGAGUUUUUAAAAGACAUAAUCCCACAAGGAUGGGGAGAAGGGGAAAAGAAAACAAUAAAAUAUUGGAUUCUAGAAAGCAAAUAUCCAAGCAAACCUUAACUUAAUUCUAAACCAACAGUUGGGAGUGUUGAGGAACAAUUGUAUAUAUAUCACAGAAUUUUCAAAAUACACAGAAACUGGCAGUACUGGACCCCUCUAGAACUGAGAGUGAAAGUAGUGGUGCUGGGGGUUGGUGUGGGGGGUGUAAAUAAGGAUGACUAGGUCAAACCUGUUUGAGAAGCAAUUAAAUCUCUAGAUUCCCAUCCCCAUUUUACACUGUUGGGUGACUUGUCUUUCCCCUUAGAGACUAGAGGCUUAUUCUUUUGAGAAAGUAAAACAGAGGGUCUUUGAACUGGUUGACUCCAAGCAUAGUUAAUUGUGGGGCUACAUUUAUGAAAAAAGGGAUUAAGUGAAUUUAUGUUCAUGGAAUGUUAAAGUCCCUCAUGCCCUUUUCUGACUCAGCUCCCCGAGCGUUUGUAGCCAGACAAGUACCCUCUGGGCUCAAAUAAGAGAAUUCUACACAUACAGGCACACAUAGAAAGAUACACAAUAGACUGGCCACAAUGAUUACUUCUGGGGAGGGAAGGAACUUAGUGGCUGGGGGGUAAGAGUAUGAGGAAGCUUCACUAUUUACAUUUUUGGUCCUUAAAACUUUUGUACCAUGUGUAUGUCUUACCAGUUCAAAAAUGAGUAUAUUCUUUAAAAUAUUAAUUGCAAAUGAACAUACCCUAUGACACAGAAAUUCCUCUCCCAGGAAUUUAUCUUGCAGGUAUGCCUAUCAUAUGUGAAAUAAUAUAAGUACUAUGCCAUUCACUGCAAUAUUGUAAUAGCAAAAGAUUGGAAACAAUUUCAGUGUUCAGGGUUCAUUAGUAGGUGGUUGGUGAAAUAAAUUAUGCAUGUUCCUUCCAUGGUAUACUCUGCAGCAAUAAAAACAAUUGAAAGAAGGUCAUUGUAAAAAGAUAUGAAGCAAUCCUUAAGAUAUGUAUUAAGGAAUGGAGGCUCAGAAAAAUAUACCACCAGUUUGUAAAAAAGGAAAAUGAAUAUGUGUGUGUGUUUGUGUGUGUGUAUUUAAUAGUAUAUGUAUAGAAUAUUUCUGGAAGAAGACACAAUUGAGUAAUAAUGGUUGCUUUUGGAGAGGGCAUCUGGGUAGCAAGGCUCAAGUUGAAUGGGAGAGACUCUUUACUGUAUAGUUCUUGGUAUCUAUUGAGUUUGAACCAUGUCAUUUUUACUUGUUCGAUAAAUAAAUGUAUAUUAAUGGGGAAAAAUUGGGUGAGUGGUAGAGAUCCUGAUUUUGAUAAUAUCCUGACCAGUAAAAGCUCUCUAACAGUAGGAAGGAAUCUUAAGUUUCUGCCAUAAUCCUAUGUUAACAAACCCCAACUUUCAGUGGGUUUGUAUGUUUCAAGCUCAUGGUUCUUCAGGUCAGCUGUGGUUUUAGCUGAUCUAUGCUUAUCUAGGCUGGACUCCAGGCUUUAAUGUUGGGUUCGGAUCUGUUCCAUGUGUCUCAUUCUGGGACCCAGGCUGAAAAAAAAAACAGAACUACCUAGGCAUGCUUUUCUCAUGGCAGAGAGUGAAAGCUCAAGAGGGCUGGUGGAAAUUUGCCAUGCCUCAGCUCAGAAGAGACACAAAGAAACUUCACACAUACUCCAUUGGUCAAAGCAAGUAGUAGCCAAGUCCAAAAGUCAGUAGAGUGGAGCUGUAUACUCUGCCUACUGGAAGAUCUGCAAUGUCAUAUGACUAAGGGUAUGGAUAUUUACUUGCAUUACAAAGCCAAAGAAUUGCGAAUAGUAAUGAUGAAGGAAAUGGGUUAAUACAAAGAUGCUAUGAAAUUAAAUUGAGGAUAGUUUGAGAAUGAUGAUGUUUGGUAAAAAUAAAUAUAUUAUAUAUAUAUAUAUAUGAAUAUACAUUUUUUUUUUUGCUGAGAUAGAACAUUCUGCUUUGAUAUGAAUUAUCUUAAGGCUCCCUUAGUAAUAUAUCACAUUUGCUUUAUCUUGUAUAUCAUCUGCCAUCCACACCUGUCCAUAUAACUAAUUCCAAGUGAUUACAGAAACCUUUAAGAUAAUAUUUAGUUAAAUAAUGUACAUGUAAAAAUACCAGUUCUUACAGAAGUAGUUCUAAAUGUGUUUAUUUUAGUUACUGAAUGUGUUCAUUCAUAGUUCUUGUGUCAUAUCCAUGUCUACCAACCCACCUUUCACCACAGAAUCUUCUUUUCAGGGAGAUGUCCUUUGCUUCUCAGAUGUAAUGCACUUUAAGUUUGUUAUUCAGCAGUGAAAAUGAGUCAUACAGAGGUUAAAUUAAAAAUACCUUUUGGAAAUAAGUUGCUAGAUGCUGUUUGUUUGGUACCUAACAAGAGCUUAACAUACGGAAUAAUUCUUACACAUGGAGCAUCAGGAGAUAUGAAUCUUCCUCAUUUGAUGUCACUGGCAUCCCAUCUUGCAUCUCAUGGUCUUUUUUGCCUGAGAUUUACCUGUAAAGGCCUUAAUAUUGUGCAUAGAAUUAAGGCAUAUAAAUCAGUUUUGAAUUACCUAAAGACCUCAGGAGAAUACAAACUUGCAGGUGUUUUCCUUGGAGGUCGUUCAAUGGGUUCAAGAGCAGCUGCUUCUGUAAUGUGUCAUAUUGAGCCAGAUGAUGCUGAUGAUUUUGUUCGAGGUCUCAUAUGUAUUUCUUAUCCACUGCACCAUCCAAAGCAGCAGCACAAACUCAGAGAUGAAGAUCUCUUUCGUAUAAAAGAUCCUGUACUGUUUGUGUCAGGCUCAGCAGAUGAAAUGUGUGAAAAGAACUUGUUGGAGAAAGUGACACAGAAAAUGAAAGCUCCUAAUAAAAUCCACUGGAUUGAGAAGGCAAAUCAUUCCAUGGCAGUAAAAGGGCGGUCAACAAAUGAUGUUUUCAAAGAAAUAAAUACACAGAUUUUGUUUUGGAUCCAAGAAAUCACUGAAAUGGACAAGAAAUAAUUGUCAUUAGUGAAAAGCCAUGUUAUUUUGAAUACAAGUACAGUUAAUUUGAUAAAGAACAGCAUACCUCUCAGCAUUAUGAGAUGUAUUUUAGACUAAUGUUCUUUUCCCCCAUUUUUUAAACACGUUUUAAUUGUGAAAUUAAUGUUAAAAGCACUGUUACAGUUGUAUAAAGAUGAUGUACAAAUAUUGAAA